GUGUGAGAUUUUUCUGAGCCCGGCUUCUUCCCCUUCCCUCUUGUACUUGUUUCUUUGCCUCAGACUCAGAGCCUGAGUUUCCAUCUCUCUCUAGCUCUCUCUCUCUCGCUCUCUCUCUAGCUCUCUCAGGUUGGCACAGGUUGGGCUGGUUUAGCUUCUAGUACUUAAAAUGGGAGGAGGUUUUCGAGUGCUGCAUUUGGUCAGGCCAUUUCUUGCAUUUCUACCGGAAGUUCAAAGUGCUGACAGAAAGAUCCCGUUCAGAGAGAAGUUCAUAUAUACUGUGAUUUCCUUGUUCAUCUUUCUGGUGUGCAGUCAGCUUCCUCUUUAUGGCAUACACUCUACGACUGGUGCCGAUCCAUUUUAUUGGAUGCGUGUUAUUCUUGCAUCAAGCCGUGGGACUGUAAUGGAGCUUGGUAUUACCCCGAUUGUGACAUCUGGGCUGGUCAUGCAACUCUUGGCUGGCUCAAAGAUCAUUGAAGUGGACAACAAUGUCCGCGAGGAUCGUGCACUAUUAAAUGGGGCACAAAAGUUGUUGGGCAUCCUCAUUGCGGUUGGUCAAGCUGUUGCCUAUGUCCUUUCGGGGAUGUAUGGCAGUGUCGGUCAACUUGGUGUUGGGAAUGCCAUUCUUAUCAUAGUUCAACUUUGCUUUGCUGGAAUUAUUGUGAUUUGCUUAGACGAACUUCUUCAGAAGGGAUAUGGUCUGGGAUCUGGGAUCUCCCUUUUUAUAGCUACCAACAUCUGUGAAGGCAUCAUUUGGAAGGCUUUUAGCCCCACAACUGUCAAUAGCGGCCGGGGAGCUGAAUUUGAAGGUGCCAUAAUUGCAUUGUUCCAUCUACUGAUAACCAGGACAGACAAAGUUCGCGCUCUUCGAGAAGCUUUCUAUAGGCAGAACCUACCAAAUGUUACUAAUUUGCUUGCUACAGUCUUGAUCUUUCUCGUUGUCAUCUACUUCCAAGGUUUCCGUGUGGUUUUACCGGUGAGAUCAAAGAAUGCCCGUGGACAGCAGGGAUCAUAUCCUAUUAAGCUUUUCUACACCUCUAACAUGCCCAUUAUUCUCCAAUCCGCUCUUGUCUCCAAUCUUUAUUUUAUCUCCCAGUUGCUUUACAGGAGGUAUGGUGGGAAUUUCUUCGUGAAUUUGUUGGGGAAGUGGCAGGAGUCUGAAUAUUCUGGUGGCCAGUUUAUACCAGUUGGUGGUCUUGCCUACUAUGUCACUGCUCCAUCAAGCUUGGCAGAUAUGGCAGCCAAUCCCUUCCAUGCUUUGUUUUAUCUAGUGUUUAUGCUUUCAGCCUGUGCACUCUUCUCAAAAACCUGGAUUGAAGUUUCUGGUUCUUCUGCCCGAGAUGUAGCUAAGCAGCUCAAGGAACAACAAAUGGUGAUGCCUGGACAUAGAGAUUCAAACUUACAGAAGGAACUUAAUCGGUACAUUCCUACUGCGGCUGCUUUCGGAGGCUUGUGCAUUGGUGCCUUAACUGUUGUGGCAGAUUUAAUGGGAGCAAUUGGCUCAGGAACUGGGAUUUUGCUUGCUGUUACAAUCAUAUAUCAGUACUUCGAGACAUAUGAGAAAGAGAAGGUCAGUGAACUUGGCCUUUUCGGCUUUUAAGCCCUACAAGGCCCCUAGCCAUCUGUUCCUGGGAAGGAUAGUUUUAGUGACUGAGAGAUGUAACCUAGAUAACUUUUAACUUUGGUUAUGCUUUCACUGUAACUUUUAGUGACUCAGGUCAAAUUUUUAGUUUGGUUAUGGUUGUCGGCUGGUUA